CGGCCGGGCCGGUUUGUGCUGCGGGAUGCCCGGCAGGCGGCUCCCCGGCUAGUGUGCGGAGCCCCCCCGGCCCUGUCCGACGCCUCUCCGGCUGCAGCGCCCCCGCGCUCCCCGCAGCUGGCCCCUGGCAGCGCGCCCUGCCUCGCCCUCCGCCCGCCCUGCCCGGCUGCGGGCGCCGCGUCCGUCCGACUUGGCUGCGCGGAGCCCCGGCGGAUGCUGCAGGGACCAGCCGGACUUUGGCUCCAGCCUUGUCCCCCUGCCCCUUGCGCCGGGACCGGGCGCUCCGGCGGCAGCUUGCCCCGACCCUGCCCCGCCUUUGGCGGCUGCGGGGGGUCCCCGAGGUGCCCUGGCACAGAGGAUGGCGGCGGACGGGAGCAGCGCCCGGCUCUGCCGGAGCUGGCUGGCGGCGGCUCUGCUGGGUUUACAUCUCUUCUCCAUGGCUGUCACCUUGGAGGUCUCAGUGGGGAAAAACAACCUUGUGAUGGCUCUCAACGGCUCAGAAGUGCAGCUGCCCUGCAUCUUCACCACCUGCAUAGGAUUCAAGGACCUUGACUUCACUUGGUACUACAACAGCAUUGACCUGAUCUAUCACGGGAAUAUAAAGAACAAAGCAUCAGAGCCAAUGGUGCUAUUCGCCGACCCUCGGGUUCGGUUAAUUGGCACAACCACUGGGAAGGAAAACAACAUCUCCAUCUCCAUGGGGUCUGUGGACUUCAAUGAUGCUGGGAAGUACACCUGCCAUGUCAGGAACCCAAAGGAAAUGAAUGCUGAACACAAUGCCACCAUCAUCCUCAAGGUGGUCCAGGAGAUGGUACCGGUGGACAACACGCUGACGCGCAUUAUCCUGGGAGCCGUGGGCGGGCUCGUCGGCCUCCUCAUCCUCAUCCUCGUCAUCAAAAAAAUUGUCCUGCUUAUCCUCAAAAAGUCUCAGGAGAAGAAGAAGGAGUGUCUCGUGAGCUCCUCAGGGAUUGACAACACUGAGAACGGCCUGCCGGGCUCCAAGGCGGAUCAGAAAGCUCCACCAAAGGCAUGAAGCAAACUCAGUGUGACCCACGAGGCAGCAAAACUCUAAUGGCCGGGGGAGGGGAAAUCUAUUUUAUUUUGAAACUAACAAUGCUUGAGACAUCUCUAUAUUAUGCACAUGCCUGCAAUUCGCACCGCUCUUCAGCCCAGACUUGGAACGCUGUGUGUCCUGGGAGCAGCUUGUGCCCAGGCUAUGCUCCCAGCAGGGGAAAGGGAGCAAGCCAGCUCCAUUCUCUCUGGGAGGAGGUGGGAACUCCCUGAGCUGGAGCUUGAGCUGAGGUAGGUGGGUGUUUUCAUGUGGUGCGUGUGUGAGAGCAGCUGGGUCAUCACACAGAGACUGGGCGAGAGGGCGCUGAGCAGAAACGGUGCCUUGCGAAGCUGAGAGCGGAGUGGGUGUGGGGGGGCGUUGCCUGCCCGACUCCCAGAGAUGCUACACUGGGAGGAGGCCAUGCACCAGGCAGAGGGCAGCUAGUUCCUGGAGCAGAGGCCUCUGGAGCGCAAGGCUGCAUGGAACGCUAGCCAUAGAGAGAGAUGCUCCUGUCCCUGCCUGAGCAUGGGGCUGGCUCAAGGAGAAAGGGGGCUCUGCUGCCAAGCACGCUUCUGAACCAAAUGACUAGUGCCGCCUUUACCAAGCCUGGCUUUAAUCUCUUUUCCCAACUGGUUAAGAAAAGAGAUUUGUCUGUACCGUUAGGAAAGAGAUUAAGGGGCUCCUGCUGCUGCUCCUGGGACGAGCUCUCCCUCCCCUGCCAUUUCCAUUCCACUCCAGCAGGUGAGCUGCCCACUCUAUCCGUCUGGGCUUUUGCAGCUCUGUGGUAUUGUCACCAGCUGCCGUUGGUGCCAAGGAUGGAAUACACCGCGACCAGGGGUUGCCGUAGUCACAGGGGCCUAUGUCCGUUAGUUACCUACAGCAGCCAUUCACCUGCUACCCUGUGUGAUUGCUAUGGGCCUGGCUCUCCACUGCCCUGCCCUUGUGUCUUCACUUGGAUGCAGUGCAAGGGCAAUGCAAAGCACUGCCAGUCUGACCCCCUUUGCACAUGGCAGCACAAGGUACAGGGGUCCUGUGUCCGGCUGCCUGGCAAACCUGCCCUGUGAUCUCUGCGUAGAAAAGCAAGGUCAAUAGUAAAGUGUUGGGGGGAGUCCGGGGAAGGUUCAUUCCUCUGCCUGCACUUUGUCACUGGCACUUGCCUGGCUCCCGGUGAGGGCACUUGUUUUGCUCUGUGGUGUUCCCUGUCCCACUGGCAGCAGUGCUGCUUGUGGGGGAAGGGCAGCUGGGACACUUGUGUGUAAUUCUUGUUCUCUCUGUUCUGGAGGGUCUUUCUGACUCUGCCAAGACAUCGCGGUGAAGGGUGCGCACCUGGAAGGGGGCAGCUGGGGUGACAAGCUUCAGGUUUCUGACUGUCCUCCUGGGGCAGAGGAAAUAUUGACAAAGUGGGUCCCAGCCCACAAGCUGAGGGCAGUGGCUGGUUACAUGUCCAGUGCUGACUGUGCUUUUACCUUCAGAAAUCUCGACUCCCCUGCUCCCCAAGCAGCAUUCAGGGGAAAAGGAGUUCAGAUCCCACGUCGGGCAUUGGGUCCUAGCCAGGCUCUGGAUCAUGGCACUGUGAUCCCCACCAGGCUGCAUAGGCAAUGUUCCCAAACAGCCAGGCCCACGUUCUGCCUUCUGUUAUGUGUGCCCAGAUGCAGUGAUGCCCAGGAGCUGCCAAGGCAGAAUGUGCCCCUUGGAGUCCUCUUGCAGUCCCAGAUUGACAGGUGGCGGUGAGGAUAUUGUCACCCUUCCUGGUCUGGUACAAACCCCCUGGCACAGCCACUCCCUCUAGAGCACUGGAGCUUUCUGUGGAACUACCAGGGGGUCCUUUCUUCUUCCCUAUGCUGAUUGGCUAUUGCAGCCCCAUGCCCUCACUGGGUAUGCUGGUGCAGAAUUGGUGCCAUGCUUUGUGACAUCCGCCCUGGGAGGUUUUGUCUCCCACACGUGCUAGUGAGGUACCAAACACGUCCUCUCCCCGAGCUGUCUGACAUGCCAUACCAAACACACACCCCAGUCCCAGCUGCACUGAUAGUCCCUUUGGGGCUUAGCCAUCUCCCGGAGCUCUGCCCUGUGUCACUGGUCAUGUCUCCACCAAACACAGCCCUGUCUCAUUCCAGGGAAUACUGGGCUUUACCAAAGAGUUGCCGUGUUGCUUGGUGAAACCCACAGUGCUGGGAAUGUUUUUGUUUUAGUAGCGAGUGCCUGGAAGCUGCCUGCCUGUCCCUGGAGUGCUGCAUAACCAAGCAGAGCUGCAGGCUCUUUGCAUUGUUCAGCCCCACCAGGGUAGAGAGCACCAGAUUGUAAAGAACAGGUUUGCACACUCCUGCCAUGUCAGGGUGCUUUGUGUCAUAGGGAGCAGCAUGAAUGGAGCUGGGGAUUGUACUAAGCACAGUAUCUAAGUACCAAAUCCAGGCGGACUGGGGAAUCCUUUGGGAAUUUGUUUAAGUAGCACCAGCCCCGCAGAGGAUUUUCCUGCCAGCGGAAGUUGGGGGGAUGUGCUGGGAAGUGCAUCUCAUGGAACGGAACCAAUCGGGGUCAGGGCCACGCCAAGAAAAGCCAGUGUGGCUGCCGUGUCCUUGGAGAGGAGCUGGGUGCGUUGUUUGCCUGGGGGCUUUGGCUGCGAGAGGCUGGGUAUUAACGAGGAACUCCAGCGAUGGGACUGGAGAGCCUGGGAGGCCAGUGCUAGGUGAGGACAGCCCAGAGCAAUGCAGGAAGCCCACCUAAGUCAGAGUCUUUCUCAUGACAUCAUUGGGCUUCGGGUCAGUGCCUCAGUGGCCAUGAUCAUGAGAGACUUAGUGCUGCGCAAAGCGAAAAUGUCCAAGCGCAGGGAGAGUGGCCAGAGGCUGGCUGGGGACGGGGCCGUGGCUCCAGACUGAUGUGUUGGUGUGUGUAAACCCGGACUGCGAGAUGAUUGCUGUAGGGCACUGGGCCUGAUUCUUCUGCCCUACGCCUGCUUUAUGCUGGUUUGAGUGGAGUCACUCCUGAUGCCUGGGAAGUGCGUGAUGGGGUGUGCAAGGGCAGAGAACUGGCUCCCAUGACUGCUGGUGAAUGGGCCUGCCUCCUUCUCACACGUACACCUGCCUGCCCCAACAGGCGCUUCCUUCAGGGGAGAUCGGGAAAUGAGGGAGCAUGGUUCACACGGAUCGCUACAUUUCCUUCAUGUUGCAGACCUCUCAGGUGCACCGUCUCAUUUAUGUGGGUGUAAAUCAGGAGUAACGCCUCGGGAGGAAGUGUAGUAAGCCCAGUUUAAAACUGGUGUACAUGGGAGAAGAUCUGGGCCCAAAGUUCUGGCCCCCUGCUCCCAUUGCCCUGGUUGCGAGGGGCUGCUCAGGCAGCAGAGACAAGAGGCCGGGGAGACGGGCUGCCGGAACACAGCUUCAGACAGCAAAGUGAGUGGGGAAGGCGAUGGCUCGGAAAGUAGAGCAGGUGGUGGAGCUAUCUUUCUAGGUCGCAUGUUUAAACCUGGUGAGCCGUGGUGGUUGUCAGUGGCAGCUGUGAGACAUGAGUUUUUGUUCUGUCCCCGAUGGACAGGGGUCCGCAUCCCAGUCUGCACCAACUGCUCGAGUCUGUAGAGGGAACCAGGGGGUGAAUCUCCAUUUCGCCUUAGGGGCAGGGUGGAGGCACGUCACCGAGGCUAAGUUCACAUGCAGGAUUCAUAGGGCUCUCAGCAAGGAAACAUCCCCCGGGCCAGGGGACGGGGCGGGGGUGGGAUUGCCUGUUUUCAUGCUGUGGAAGUGCUGCACGGCUCCUUCUGUUCUGCACCGUGGACAUGCUGAAGCAUCUUCCUGGGCUGGGCCCCAGAGCCAGGAAAAGACGAGGUUGUCAAAGUCGCUGUGUCUGCCCAAUGGCAGAAGAAACCACUGUGAAAUGGUUCUGAACAAAGGUGUUGGGAAGGCCUGUGAGCAGGGCCCAUGCUCUGCACUGCUUGCCUGCGCUCACGCCAGGCGGAGCAGCCUGGAAUACAUUCCUUGACUGCACUGGCUCACCCAGUCCCGUGUCCUGCUGUGGCUGAUGUACAUUCAGUUGCUCUCCCUCUACUGUGUGUCGUUUACCUGGCCGGUUUUCUAGGGAGAAGCUGCCGUAUUUUUUAAAAAUCAGUUCCGGUUUUACUCUUUUUUUUUUUUAAAGCUUGGUGCUUACAGUAACAAACACGGAAGAAGCUGACCUACCAAGGCUUUAAUUAGUUAC